AGAUUAACUCUCUGGUUCACUGCGAAUUACCUGCAAGUAAACGCUACUAAAACUCAGGCAAUGACACUGGGGAAAUCUCAGUACCCAUACGAUCUUUUUAUUGGUGACAAGUUCAUCGAAAUUGAACCAACUCUUAAGAUUCUUGGCGCUACAUUGGAUCGGGAUUUGUCUUUCAAGCCCCACGUUGCAAUCAUGCUGAAAAAAGCGUAUGCUAAGAUAGCCGCAAUUACGGGAGGAUUGAGCGCUUGGUUCCUUCGGACGUUAAUUAUGAUUUUUGUUACGGAUGAUACGCUGCGACUGUAGGAGAAGCCAAUUGUCACGCAGCUAAAACUACUUGUGGCGGUAAAACUCCGUGAGAGUAUAUUAUAAACAGUAUGGCUAUUAAGUAUGGCUAACAGGUGACAUUUUACUAACAUUCCAAUCAUAUUUUCAUUGUUGUAGCUGUUCCGGUAUAAAAACCUUGCCAAAAACGCGAAAAAAGACCAAAGAAAUAUACUUAUUGAAAUACAUGAAUAAUAAAUUUGCCAGCUAGAAUAUUAGACUAAAUAUACUGCAUGAAAGGAGUUAAAUCAACAUACAUUUGGGUAUGCAGGAGUAAAGAAACCUUCCCCAAAACAAUAAUGGUUGCUUCCUGCGGAUAAUACCAUACUAAGAAACUAACAAAAUAAAUCUGAGAACGGACUACGUUUGCAAAGGCACGAAAACUAAGGAAACUAAUUAGAAACGAAAUUCCCACGCAGAACUAAAGGUAAAACCUACUUGAAACUCAAAAAGGCGUACUCACGUAAUUGUGCGAGAUACUGAGUAUUACAAUAACUUCUUGCAGGAAUAUACUUUAUGAGUCGCCAGGUAGACAAAACUACAGAAGAUAAAAUGUACUUACAUAUCGGUUCCCGCUUGUCUCUAUGUCCCAAGAAAUGAACUAUCCAAGUAGACUACAACGAUGUACACAUGAAGACGACAAAAUCCAACUAAAGCUAAAGUUAAGAGACCAUCCGUUUUCUACGUUAAAAUAGGCGUUGUCUAAGGAAAUGAAACUAGCGAAUCAGAAAAGCUUAGGGCGAGAGAUAUCGUAUCACUAAAUCAAUAAAGCUUGUUGUAAUGUCAUUUAUAAUUUCUCUUUAUAAAGCCUAUGUGUUACCGCAUUUAGAAUACUGUUGCCCACUUCUUCUGGGUAUAACUAAGGCCCAGUUCAGACGUCGUGCUUCUGCCGUGCCGAACUUAAUUGUAAUUCGGUUCGUCUGUAGCACGGCAGAAAACAACUUUGAUUCAGACGUCGUGCCAGAGUCGAACCAAAUUCAGGAUUUACUGAUGCCUCGCCCGGUGCCUCGUAACAAUUCUCCUCCUAACUCCCCGUGGGAACGCAAUCUCGGCAAAAUACAUUAAUACAAUUUAUGAAUUUUGCUUAGCGCAGCAGAAGCACGACGUUUGAAUCGCUGCCGUGCCAGAGCCGUAUAGCACGGCAGCGCUUGUCGAACUUAAUUACUUGCCGAACUUAAUUCAAAAGUUUGAUUCAGACACCGUCCUUUUGCCGUGCUUUUGUCGAACUUAAUUCCUGAAUUUAGUUCGGCACGGCAGAAGCACGACGUCUGAACUGGCCCUAAAGCCUUGAAAAAUAACAUCGAAAGUACCAAUUAUUAUGCGAUCAAGACAUUACUAAAUCUAGGUAAUUCGGCUACCUAUGACUUUUGA